UCGCUCACCACCUCCACCACCCCUCUUCGGCCGCUCGCGGCACACGCCCGGCUCGCACCUCUUCCUCCGAGCCUGCCCGCCGUCGCAGACAUCAGCGAGACGGCAGCGCGGCUGCGUCGUUGCGCAUCACUCCCUUCCGCGCCCACCCCUGACAGGCGCGCACAGCGGGCCGCACACCGGCGCCUUAUCGCACCCUCUGGCUGCCGCACGUCCGUCUGCCAUCCGCGCUCGCGCCUCAUACGUGCUCGAUCUCUUGCUGGCGCACGCCUGAUCACUCGUCCGACGAUCCUCUGCGCAUCGCGGGUGUCUCUCUUGGUCCUGCUGCACAAUGGCGCCCGCUCUCGGACCCCCGUCAGGCGGCGAGGGCAGCAGCAGCAGCGCAAGCACACUGGAUGUCCCAUCUGCAUCGCACGUUGCCGGCGGAAGCGACAGCGUCGCCGCACCUAGCAGCAGUGCGGCACACUUCGAUGGGCCCAAGCAGUGCACGCACUGCGGCGCCGCUCUCGAGGUCGAGCUAGACGAGCCCAUGAGCUCCGAGAGCGGCGCCGCGCACCAUGGCGAUGCCAGCGGUGCCGCCGCUCCGCUCGCAGCGCCUGCUGUGCCGCCGGAGCAGCCGAGUCCGAGCGCUCGCGUCUUUGCGCCGCCCCCUCGCUCGCCAGACCCAGCUGUCGCACAUGCGCCGCUUGCCGCACAGCUCUGCAUCGACUGCCGCGCCAGACGAGACCUGAACCGUCUGUUCGCACCACACGUUCCCGAGGCCGCGCGUCAACUGGCGGACUUCAUGGAGACGGACGCGCCUGAGCGAGAGGCCCUGGUCUCUCCACCAUGGGCGCGCUGGACCUCUGCGCCGCUCAAUGCGCCGGCCAGCCGCAGUCGGCAUGUUUCGCCCUCACGUGCUUUCGACGCGGCCACAGCAUCGAUAAGCGCAGCAGCCGACGAACAACAUCUGGACGUCGUAGCGCGACACUCCUCGCCCGCCGCAGCGCCUCUACUCUCGCAGCGCAGCCUGAGCUCGCAGAGCCGGGGCUCGUCAAGCGGAGGCAUGGCCAGCGGCAGCAGCAGUCAUGCUGCAGCAGCAGCACCUAGCAUCGUGCCGACCGCGACAAGGUGGCCCUCAUCGCGAGCUCGUGGCGCAUCCUUUUCGCGCUCGAGCGCUCCGCAUACACCCGCUGCGGCACCGGCACGUGGUGAGGCACUGGCAGUGAACCUGCCGCGCAGCGCACGGACGUCUAGCAGCAGCAGUAGCAGCAGUGUCACCGGCGAGCACGGCAGAGAGCGUCGUCCGGCAAACGAGACCAGCGCUCAGCCAGCUGCCUCGACAUCCGCCUUCGGUCCGCAUUUGCUUUCACGGCCACGUCUGUCCUCCGUCUCCGCGGCCGAAGCAGCAGCACCGCUCCACCUGCCGCUUUAUGCGGCGCUGCAGCAACGGCGUGCGGCGCCGGAUCCGCGCGCCGAUAUCAGUCUGCUGCGCUACCGCACGCAGGGCAAGGGAUGCCUGGUGCCUGGUGCGACGUUCACGGGCACGCAGAAGAGCGGAAGGAGCAGCUAUGAGGUGGGCGUGCAGAUUGUGAAUGUCGACCUGGCCUCUUCGCACCUCUGCGGCUACCUCAACAUCCGCGGCCUCACCGAGGACUGGCCGGAGCUGACGACGUUCUUCGACGCUGAAAUCAUCGGCGACCGCUACUCGUUCGUGACGAACAAGUGGGGCGCCAAGGAGUCGAGUGACAUGACGCACUGGAAACGCUUCUCGCCCUUCGGCCCGCUGCGGCGGCAGCUGGGCAAGGACGGACGCUUCAACCACCUCAACCAGCCCUUCAUCUUCAUGCGCUGGAAGGAGCGCUUCCUUGUGCCUGACCACCGCGUGCGCGACAUCAACGGCGCAUCCUUUGCUGGCUUCUACUACGUCUGCGUCGAGCUGGGCGACGAGACGGCGGCCGAUGCGCGGACCACGCGGAGCGGCAGCGUCGGGGACAUGAGCUCGGAACCAGACAGUCCUAUCGCGCACAGCCGGACAGAGACGGCAGACGAGGACUACGAGAUGGAGCAGGCGCCCGAGACGGUGCCGCUCAAGGGCGGGCGCAUGGUCGGCUACUACUUCCACGAGAACAGCGAGCCCUACCAGCAACUCACGCUGCAGCACCAGCCCGAGUCGACGUCCUCGACGUUUGAGCUGCACUAGCUGCUCUCUGCUGCCCUCUCUAUUGCUGCGCGCCUCGCUCACGUCAUGUCUUCACGAUAUCCACACGCGACAUACCUCUCCCCAGUGCCUGCCCGGCACCCCGUCUCUCACGCUUCCGCACGUCUUCCCCCGAGUCUCCAUCCAUCUGUGCUACCACCCCGUGCCAGCUCUCGGCCCACGUCCCGCACCUCAUUUGCACGUCUCCGCUUCGACUGCCGCCUCGCACAGGCGCUCUUGGUGUGCAGACGCGGUGGGGUGUGGCAGAAAGGCUGAUAAUACAGAUGCCACCGCAGACGGCGGCGCGACACGUGCGGCAGGGCGAUGCGUGUGUGGGUGCACAGAAGGAGCAGGCCGGUGCACGGCGGGACAGAUAAAAGAG